UGUGACAACGGUAUCGAUGUUGGCGAGAGCGGGAUGUGACGUGUGUGCAACUUAUUAUUGGUGGUUUUGGUUUACUUGAUUUGUGCAGCUAAUUUGGAAAAUUGCUUCAAAAAGUGUAAAAAUUAAAAAUAAAUAAGAAAUUUAACAGGAAAAAAAAAAUAAUCAAAAUUGAUCAACUCGCCUUCACUUCCUACGACGCGCUACGAAAAUGUUAUAUGGCUUAAUACAGUUAACGUGGUUCGAAGCCACCACUGCCGCGUUGCCUUUUAUCACCGUCGCUUUGCUGCAACUGUUGAAUGCGUUGCUAACGGACCAAACGACGCGUCGCGUGAAUUCAGCAAAUGAGUUAACAACUGCCGUGAAUUUGUUAGCCGAAGAUGGCACAGCGGCAACAACAACAGCGGCAAAUGGCAAAUCCACUGCCGCAAAUGGUGCAGAAAAUGGGAAAUUGCAAAAACAAAAGAGUGAACACAGUGACGAUCACGAGGACGAAGAUACUUUGUCGCUGGAGAAUCUCUUCCCCUGCGAUCAAAGUGAAAUUUAUGCUUCGAAGAAAAUCAGCUUCAUUAUCGAUGAAGUGAUACAAACCGAAGCGAAUUAUGUGAAUAACUUGCGAAAGGGUAUAAAGAAUUACGGUGAAUUACAUGCGCGCUCGGAUGCACCCGAGUCACUCAAAGGCGCUGAAAAUCGCAAGCGUUUGCUCGGUAAUGUAGAGGAGAUUUUGGCGCUACACGAGACACAGAUUUUACCGCUAAUGCUGCGCAAUCAACGGGACUUGAAGUCGCUGUUUGAUGAGUUUGCGGCCUACUUUGAUAAAAAUGAAUUUUAUUGCUAUGUGAUAUUCAUGAUGAACAAAAAGACGUCGAUGCAGUUGCGACAGGAGCAACGCCCGUGGUUGCAGAAUGUGCAGAAUGAGAUAAGCGACAAAUUGGGCAUCGACAGCUUUCUCGUACAGCCCAUACAAAGACUGACCAGAUAUCCAUUGUUAUUGCAGCAGUUCAUAUCUGAAUUCUACAAAAGUGGCAUCAGCUGUAAACCAGUGCUGGCAUCUGUGUGUAAACUGGAGACACGCAUGCGCCGUCUACUCGAGGUAGUCAAUCAAGCGGAGGACGUGUCAGCGAUAGACGAGAUAGCCGAGCUCAAUUUGGCAUCGCAGGGCUAUUUUCGACGCGCCACCGAGUUCGACGCUUAUCAUCAUCGUUCGCGCAAGAAGUAUGCUGCUAAGGUGUUCCUAUUCGAUCGCUGCCUCAUCUGUACCGAAGUGCGGAAGCGUCGGCUCGCCUAUCGCCACCACUACGAAUGGUCGACGCUGGAGUUGCAGUUGAAUGGCAGCAAGAGUGUAACGGUAUUACAGCGCGGACGCACUGCAGCGGCGAAAGACCACGCCAAGGAGGAGUAUGAAUUCACGGCGUCGGAAGCGUGCGCAAUGACACAGUGGCUGCGUUGCGCGCGGAAAAUCCUCGAAAUCGAUCGCGUCGAGUCGGCGAUGCGGGGGAAAUUCGUCCUGCCAAUGGAUUUGGUGCUCAGCGUUGGCGCAGCCAUUUGGCUGAUAUGGAAUUAUUUGUAA